AUGACUGACAACACUGUCAUAGUUAAAUCCGUAGCUAUGGUAGCCAUGUAUCUCAUCAUCAUGGUUACAGGAAAUCUACCUCUUAGAGUAAAAGCUUUUAAGGAAAAUAAAAAAGUUCUUUCUAUAGCAUCAGCAUUUUCUGGGGGCUUAUUCAUAUCAAUUGGCUUAAUUCAUAUUCUUCCAGAAGCUGGUAGUGAUUUUGAUAAAUAUUAUGACUCAUCAGAAGAGCAUUUCCCUUUUUAAAUGUUCAUAUCUGUAAUAAGUUUCUCAUUUGUGCUUUUUAUUGAGAAAGUUAUUGGUGAAUAAUUUGCCCAUCACCAUCACCAUCAUCACCACGAUUAAAAUGAAUUAGAGGACUUUGAGAAGUAGACUCAUGUUCAUAAUGAAAACCAUAAUCAUAAAAGUAUAGAAGAUGUAGAAAAAUAGGAAACGAAAGAAAAAUAAUGCAAUUCUGAUAAAUAAAUUGUCUGCGAGCUUUAGCUUUAAGGAGAUUGCUGCUAAAAAAAUUCUUCAACUUCUUAAAAUGAAAAUUCUCCUACUGAAUAAAAAUACUAACAAAUUUCAACUAAUCCACACAUUCAAAAUACUAUUGUAUAAAUAUAAACAAUAUAAAACGAAUGUAAAGAUUUUAAACCACACUCUCCUAAUUGUGAAUUAAAUGCUGAAAAUCAAUUAUCACAACAAUAAUAAACUAGCGAAAAGUGUCCUUCUGAGGAGAAAGAAGAUAAACUUGAAUAAAAAUAAAAGUAAAUAAAACAAGUAUUUGAACACAUUGACCUCUAAUUAAAUCAAAACAGUGAAGACAAUAAAGCAAACAUUAUAACUCCUAUUAUUCUCUAAAUAGCUUUGGGUAUUCAUGCUUCUCUUGAAGGAUUAGCAAUAGGAGUAGAGUAAGAUUUCUCAAAAUGUUUGACUAUCGCACUUGCUGUUUUGGUUCACAAAUGGGCUGAAGGUUUGGUCUUAGGUCUUGCCUUGAGAUAAUCUAAAAUGAGCUUAGGAAGAGCUACAAUUAUGGUAGCAAUUUAAGCUGCUAUGAAUCCAAUGGGAAUAGGUAUUGGUUGGGCACUUAGUGAUGCUGGAGAUCUAACAAGCGGAAUACUAAUGAGUAUUAGCGCUGGAACUUUCAUUUACAUAGCCACUUAAGAAGUUAUAGCCCAAGAAUUUAGCAAAAAUAGAUAUUAAUUAGUUAAAUUCCUUUUCUUUUUAGUUGGUGUUGGCUUUAUCAGCUCACUCUUUUUUGUAGAAUAAGCAACUGGUGGCUGA